CCCGCCCUCCGACAGCGCCUCAGCGGCGGCAGCUCCACGGGCAGGGGCCACAACCGCGCGGAGAGCAUGAGCGGCGCAGGGGCUGAGCCUCCCGCGGCCCCUGGGGUCAGCCCGGAGGUCGAUACUGAGCCGCCUCCGUCUCCACCGUCGAUGCUCAGCGUCGAUGUGCCGGGGCUGCUGUCUCAGUUCGCGCGGAGUUUCGCGCUGGUUUUCCCCAUCUACCUGCUGGGUUAUCUCGGGCUGAGCUUCAGCUGGGUCCUGGUCGCCUUGUUAUGUCUCUUCUGGGUGCAGCGGCACCGAGGCGGAAAGAGCUCCCGCCUGGGCCGGGCUCUCGCCUUCCUGCAAGACGAGGAGCGGGCGGUGCGGCUCACCGUCUCCACGGGAGACCUUCCCGCCUGGGUCCACUUUCCAGAUACUGAAAGAGCAGAGUGGCUAAAUAAGACAGUGAAACAUAUGUGGCCUUUCAUUUGCCAAUUUAUCGAAAAGCUCUUCCGUGAAACAAUAGAGCCUGCAGUGAAAGGAGCAAACAGCCAUUUGAGUACUUUCAGUUUCACAAAAAUUGAUAUAGGGCAUCAGCCCAUUAGGAUUAAUGGUGUGAAAGUGUAUACUGAAAAUGUGGAUAAAAGGCAGAUCAUUUUGGAUCUACAAAUCAGUUUUGUAGGAAACACUGAAAUUGAUUUGGAGAUCAAGAGAUACUUCUGUAGAGCUGGAGUGAAAAGUAUACAGAUUCAUGGCACAAUGAGAGUUAUAUUAGAACCUCUGCUUGGUGAUAUACCCUUAAUUGGAGCACUAUCUUUAUUUUUCCUUAGGAAACCACUUUUGGAAAUUAACUGGACAGGACUGACCAAUCUUCUGGAUAUUCCAGGACUCAAUGGAUUAUCUGACACUAUAAUACUAGAUAUAAUAUCUAAUUAUCUAGUGCUUCCAAAUCGAAUCACUGUUCCUUUUGUCAGUGAAGUGCAGAUUGCUCAGUUGCGGUUCCCCAUACCAAAGGGUGUACUAAGAAUACACUUCCUUGAAGCUCAGGAUCUUGAGGGAAAGGAUACUUACUUAAAGGGACUCGUUAAGGGAAAGUCUGACCCUUAUGGAAUCAUUCAAGUGGGAAAUCAAAUUUUCCAAAGCAAAGUUAUCAAAGAAAAUCUUAAUCCAAAGUGGAAUGAAGUUUAUGAGGCCUUAGUCUAUGAACAUCCAGGACAAGACUUGGAGAUUGAACUCUUUGAUGAAGAUCCAGACAAGGAUGACUUUCUAGGAAGCUUGACGAUAGACUUAAUUGAAGUUGAAAAGGAACGUCACAUAGAUGAGUGGUUUACUUUGGACGAAGUCUCCAAAGGAAAAUUGCACUUAAAACUCGAAUGGCUCACAUUGAAGUCUACUGUUGAAAAUCUUGACCAGGUGCUAAAAAGCAUUAGAGCUGAUAAAGAUCAAGCCGACGAUGGGCUUUCAUCAGCAUUGCUUAUUCUGUAUUUGGAUUCAGCAAGAAAUCUGCCAAGUAUCUACGAGGGAAAAUUUGGGUGUGGAUACUUAAAAGAGAGGAGAGCAUCGGGACUAGUCUUUUGUGAAAAUACUACCUCAGUCUAUAGAGCGCUAUUUCAUAAUCCUUUAGAUUAUAAUCCAGAAGCCUUGAAGAAGUCUGCUGUUCAGAAAGUCUUAAAGUCAGGGAAGAAAAUGAACAGUAAUCCAAAUCCCCUUGUCUUAAUGACAGUUGGACAUAAGGCACAAGAAAGCAAGAUCCGCUAUAAGACCAAUGAACCCGUUUGGGAAGAGCAUUUCACCUUUUUUGUUCAUAAUCCUCGACGACAAGAGCUAGAAGUUGAGGUCAAGGAUGAACAACAUCAGUGCUCCUUGGGAAAUUUUAAGCUUCCUCUUAACCAACUCCUUGCAAGUGAAGAUCUAACUAUGCAUCAGAGAUUUCAUCUGAACAAUUCUGGUCCAAACAGCACUGUAUACAUGAAAAUUGCACUCAGGAUCCUUUCUCUUGAAAACCAAGAGAGAUCUCCAGAUUACCAAUAUACGGCCAAAGUGAAGAGGCCUUCUGUUUCCAAAGAUGGGAGGAAGGGUACUUUCAAGCCUCAGGUCCCCCCUUCUCCAGCAGCUGAUGUGAGCAAAGCCACAAGUUCUACAGCUGCAGAUGCCAAUAAAAGGACUGACGGGAUGGAAACAGGCCUCCCCUCCAAUCCUAACCCUCAGUGGCCAACAGAUCUCAGCAGAAGUUCCUCCAGUCUUCUGACCUCCAAUUUGAGCGGUUCUCCCAGCCACCUUUCAGUCAAAGAGCCUACUCCAAGUAUAGCUUCAGACAUCUCUCUCCCCAUCGCCACGCAGGAGCUGAGACAACGUCUGAGGCAACUCGAAAAUGGAACAACGUUGGGACAGUCUCCAUUGGGCCAGAUUCAGUUAACAAUUCGUCACAGUUCACAGAGAAACAAACUUAUGGUGGUUGUGCACACAUGCAGAAAUCUAAUCGCCUUUUCAGAAGAAGGUUCCGACCCUUAUGUUCGAAUGUAUUUAUUGCCUGACAAGAGGAGAUCAGGAAGAAGAAAAACAAGUGUUUCAAAGAAGAAUUUAAAUCCAGUGUUUGAUCAGGCUUUUGAUUUCAGCGUUUCGUUGGCUGAUCUACAGAGAAGAACUUUAGAUGUUGCAGUGAAGAACAGUGGAGGAUUUUUGUCUAAAGAUAAAGGUCUGCUUGGUAAGGUAUUGAUACCACUAGCUUCAGAAGAACUUUCCAAAAAUUGUACUCAGUGGUAUGACUUGACAGAAGAUGGGACAAGACCUAAUGUUGCACCUUAGGCAGCUUUGGAUUCUAAAAGCUCCUGUUAGCAUAUCUUUGCCAAUCUUUAUGUAUUUUAUUAGCAUUGUAUCAAUAUUAUUUUUUAUAACUCUUAGUUACUUGGCCCAUCACCCCAACCGUUUUAUAAUAUCUUGAGAUUUUGCCGUAGGCUUAAGUCAGCUUACUUAUAAACAAUUUUUUCCCCAUUUGUUACAGCAAAUUUAAUGUGCAAUAGGGUUUAUAGAAUAAACAUUUGUUUCAGUAGGUCCUGUUAUGGCAUUUCUGUCCUUAAGAAAAGUGGGCUAUCUUUCAUUUUUUCUACCUUAGUUGUGUUUCAUCAAGAUAUCUGCCAUGUAAAUAGAUACUAUUUUUUAAAAUGCAUUUUCCUCAGAGGUGUGAAUGCAGAAAAAAAUAUCAAAGAAAACUAUUUUCUUUGAAAAAAGUAUGAUAUAAAAAUCUUAAAACAAAUUUGAGAAUAGCAUAGCUAGUAAAAUGGAUUUAAACUUACUAAUAUUAUGGAUUUAAGAGUUUCUUAUUUUUAAAAAAAUGAAAACUAUUGAUGUAAUGAUGUAUGAUUAAAGAUUUGCAAAAAAAAAAAGGGAAAUACAAAAUAUUAACCUUUAAUAUUUAUAUUGAAAAAUGUAUUCUUUUGAGUUUCGUUCAGAUAAUGCAUAUAAUUCACAAAUGCAUAUAUUAUAUAUUUACCCAGGAAGUGAAAAUGAAGAUUUAUGUAGUACAGUACCGUGUUUUUUCCAUUCACUGCUUUUUAUUAAAGAUUUAUUUGCCCUAUCCAUAACGCAGGGAAAUGCCUAUGCAACAGUAUGCUCAAGCUAUAUAACGAAUUACGAUUUGGCAGCCACCCUGAUACAACAUUGUGAUGUCACAUUGAUUGCUACCGAUAGAAAACAGUUUAUAACUGAGUUUUAAAAGCAUGUUUACAAUUGUAUGUGGAAUACCAGCAAAUAAUGAGCUCAAGCUGUAGACUUCUGAAUUUCUGCUUGAUUCUUUCACAGUUGUUUCAGUACUAUCAGUAUUGGUGCCUUGAGCAGGUUUUUUAUUUUUAUUUUUGGAUCAAUGCAUGUAGUAACCACAUAGCAUUCAUAGCACUGCAUUUUUUUUGAAAGUACAAGUUCAAAAGCUGAUUCAUUCACACAUUACCAAUAAGGAAUAUGACAGUGCAGAAUGGGAGGACAGAGUGUGCAAAAACAGCAUUGAAGCUGAUCCACAGUGCUUCUGUAUAACAAUAAUGCAGGAAAAAAGACUUCCAGUGACUCAUUUAAAAUCAAAUAUAUCUUCUAAUCAGUGUAGCUUUUUCCCCAUUUGAUUUUCGCAGGCCCAGGAAACGCAAGAACAGUUUGCGAAAAUGGGCUUAGUUAUUUGAGUGUGAACAUUUUAUUCAUUGUUGCUUUCAGAAUAGAAUCAAAGGGGGGGGGGAGGCAUUAAUUAUACUUAUUCAAAUAUUUUUGAAAUCUUUCUCAGAUGGUUUGAACAAUAAUGCAUUUUUGUAUUUUAACCCAAGAAAUGACGUAGUUCCAUAGAAAGUAGUGACACACCAUCUUGAAUAUAUAUGCAAUGCCUUUCUAAGAAUAAUACAAUAGCAUAAAAUAAUAAAAUUUUAUCAGAAUUUUGAGUCUUAGAAAGUCCUCUGGCCAAAUAAUUUAUAUGGGUGAAUAAACUUUAGGGAUAUUAGCUUUAUAAUUGAACUUAAAAAAUCUUAACUCUGUCUUAGAUAAUUUUGAAGAAAUUCUCCAAGAGGAGCGGUCUUCACUGAAGCUUGUAGAGAUCUUCCUAUUGUGCCCUAUAAAUAACUAGACUACUAAGGAUACCAAAGUGCCUGUAAUAUAUGUAGCAGAUUGUCUAUAUCAUGUUUUGAGAAUCAGUUGUCUAUAUUUCAGUGUGAUGUACCUGCACACGGGCAUGUAUGCUUCUCCUAUGUUUUAUUAUGACUGUGCCUCAUUAGGUAGACUUUAUAAUAUCAUUCAGACAUUGGCUUCAUAUAGAAUAGCAUGAGUAACUCUUAUCACAACGUAGUUUAGGUUAGCAGUCCUCACUUCCUUUUAAAUGACAGAAAUGCAUUUACUGCUUGAUAACUUUCAGGGAAAUCUAAAAAAGGGAGAAUAUGCAAGAGGAUGAUUCAGCCAUUAAAUAUAGUUAUGAGGGGAAAAAAGAUAUAAAUAAAUAAACCCAUAAUUUGAAGUUUUACUGAAGAAAACCAAGAGAUCUUCUAACCUUUGAAUUCUGUUGUGGCUUAAAAUGACUUAGAGUACUUUAUGGUGGCAUUGCUUAAGUGGUAAUUUCUAAAGUUAUAUUUGAAUUCUACUAACAAGGGAUUGUGGUGAGAAGAGGAGGCUCAUAAUAUCAACAAAUGUAUGCAGAACGAUCUAGCACUUUGGGCUUCUUUUUUGCAGUCAAAAACUAAAAUUAGCAAAAAGAAUUUAAAAAAUUACGAAAGACAAAGGCCCACUAAUGUUGAAAUAAGCCUUUAGUUUGAUGUUAAGAUACACAAAGUAAUGUUUUCUUCCUUAUCAUCUGUUCUUUCUAAUAAGGUCACAUCUCUUGCGUUUUGCAUAAAAUGCAAAAAAAAAAAAAAAUUGAAUUGAUGCAAUGUGAAAUAUAUUGAAAAUAGCUCUGCAGUAAAGAGAUGGAGAAAAUUUGGACCAAAAUCUGAAUGAUGAGUAAAACUUUUUUUUUCUGCCUUUGGGACAUAGAAACUGAGUGCAUGAAUAAUAUUCCUGUUCACAAUUUAAUGGUUCACUGAAGUAUGAUGAGGAUUGAUGAGAUUCCAAUUAGCAAUUCUAUGACUGAGUACCAUCAGAUUAGAUUUCUGUGUUUUCUAUUCUGUGCCUUAAAAGAAAGCUUAAAUAUUUCAUGUAAUGAAAGCCAAGCUUUGUUCUCUGUAUUUACCCAUCUUUAUGUGCUAUUAAAACUGGUGCAGUUUUUUGCUGCAUUUUGUAUUUAGAGCUGUUGUAAUCUAACCACCAAUGAAGCUGUUAUUUGACUUAGGGAUUUAACAUUCUUUCCUGUUUCAAACUCUCUAUCAUGAUGCAGCAACUGGGGAAAAGAAAAGAAGAAAGAGUAGUUGUUUGACUACAGACUGCAUUUUUUCGCUGAUCUAAUUUUGCUAUUGCAUGUAUUUAUUCAGUAAAUGAUUCAUACGGAA